CGCUCGCGGGGCCGAGCUGUAGCUUUAACGCGGGCGGUGGCAGCGGGCGGGAGGACAGCACUGCCAGGUCCAGCCCCGAAGCUGCCGCAGAGCCCUGCGUGUGCCCGGCCGGCUCUGGCAGCUGCCUUCUGCCUGUUGCCUGCUGCCUUCUGCCUUCUGCCUGUUGCCUGCUGCCUGACAUGGGGAGCCGCAGCCUCCUCGCCGCCAUCCUCGCCGCCGCCCUCGCCUCCCUUCUGCCGCCCCCCGUCGCGGCCCACCGCAAGCUCUUGGUGUUCCUGCUCGAUGGCUUUCGCUUCGACUACAUCGACGACAGCGAGCUGGAGGGUCUGCCGGGCUUUCGGGACAUCGUGAACAUGGGGGUGAAGGUGGAUUACAUGACCCCAGACUUCCCCAGCCUCUCCUACCCAAAUUACUACACGCUGAUGACGGGUCGACACUGUGAGGUCCAUCAGAUGACUGGGAACUACAUGUGGGACCAAAAGACAAAUGUAUCUUUUGAUAUUGGUGUGAAUAAAGAUAGUCUACUGCCUCUCUGGUGGAAUGGAUCAGAGCCUUUGUGGGUCACAAUGAUGAAAGAAAAAAAGAACGUUUCCAUGUACUACUGGCCAGGUUGUGAGGUCGAAAUCCUUGGAGUCAGACCAAGUUAUUGCCGGGAAUACUUCAGUGUCCCGACAGACAAAAACUUUGCGGAUGCCAUCAAUGAUGCUCUCGAGUCUUUGGGCAAUGGCAGUGCCCAGAUGGCCGCCGUGUACUACGAACGCAUCGACGUGGAAGGCCACCACUACGGCCCUUCCUCCCAGCAACGGAGGAGAGCUCUGAGGGAGGUGGACAGAGCCUUGAGCAACAUGAUCACACUCAUCAAGAACAAGGGCCUGCAGCACGACCUCAAUGUCCUCCUCUUCUCCGACCAUGGGAUGACAGACAUCUCUUGGGCAGACAAAGUGAUUGAGCUGAAAAAUUACAUCAAUAUGAGCGAUACCAUACAAAUGAAGGACCGAGGCCCUGUUGUGAGCCUCUGGCCAGCUCCAGAGAAGCACACAGAGAUAUAUCAAAAAUUGAAAGCUGUGGAACACAUGGAUGUUUAUAACAUACAGGAUAUUCCAAACAGGUUUUUCUACAAAAAAGGAAAAUUUGUAUCUCCUCUAACUCUUGUGGCCGAGAAAGGAUGGUUCAUAGUAGAGAGCAGGGAGAAGCUGCCCUUCUGGGAGAACGGGACGGGGUGGAAGGAGGCCUGGCAGAACGGGUGGCACGGCUAUGACAACGAGCUCAUGGACAUGAGAGGCUUCUUCCUUGCAUUCGGGCCAGAUUUCCGAUCGAACUUCCGAGCGCCUCCCAUCAGAUCUGUGGAUGUUUACAACAUCAUGUGCAGCCUGGCGGGAGUCCAGGCGCUGCCCAACAAUGGCUCCUGGUCCAGGGUGGAGUGCAUGCUCCGGAGCACCGGCCACUUGGCACCGCCUCCCCUGCGCCGCAGCUCUGCCCUGCUCCUGGCUCUGCUCUCCCUCAUCGCCCAAAGGGUCCCCUUGCUGUGAUCACCCGGCAGUGUUGGUCACUGUCACCACAAACUCCGG